AUGAUAUACAGUGCUGUGCCGUGGGCACACCCCAGCAGUGCUAGCAGUGCCAGCAGCGGCGGCAGCAGCAGCAGCGGCGGCAUUGGCAGCAGUGGCAUUGCCAGCAGCAGCAGCAGCAGCAGCAGUAUGGUUCAGGCGCGGGGGGCCGUGGCCCCCGCCUGCCUCCUUAUCCUCCUCCUGGUGGCCCUGCAAGCCCAGGGCGUCGGGGCUGCUCCGUGGCGAGCGCGGGAAUUAGGUAGGCAGGCAGACAUGGCUGGAGGUAAUGGACAUCCAGCUUCCCGGCUGGGUUCCAGGGCUGAUGCACAGGGAGAUCUCAUGGAUAUGGGUAGAGGGAGAGCUCUUCCAGCUCCUCGGCUGGAUCCUGCACUGGACCUCACCUGGCAUCCCAGGGGUCCUCAAAGAGCAAAGUAUAAAGCUGAAACAGGAAAGCGUUCCCAGCAAUCAUUAGAAGACCUAAAGGAAAUCCUGAAGGAAUUGGACAAAGCAGCACGUGAGCUGGACCGUGAGACUGUGGAGGAGGAGGCGCUUCAGGAAGGAGGCAGCCAGGCAGUGCCAGUCUCUGAUGAAAAAAAGGGGGCAAUUCAAUCAACAGGCGUGCCAGCGCUCUCCAACCCCGGGGAAGCCCACCACACCGGCAUCUAUGAAUUUUUUCGAACGAAUACAGGUACUGAGCAGUCUGGCAGGGGGCCAUAAGUGGGAGCAAGUCCUGGAAACUGGGGGCAUGCAGGCGGUGCCCAUACUGGAGAAAAGGCAGAGGGAGAGCGCGGUUCAGGUGUCUUCCCCAGAGGGCCUGACUCCAUUCCCUCGGGGGGUGGGUGCUGGGCUGGGGAGGGAGACCUGGGGGUGGCACUCCCUGACGCAGGGAUGGUUUUGGUCUGUCUGUCUCAAAGGGGCAAUUGGUCAAACAGCCGCGCUCCCCCGCGGGCUCUCCAUCUGGCCUCAUGAGUUCUGUUCAGUGGGACAACUUGUCCCAAAGGGUCAGAGAGAGCCUCCAGGCAGCAGCACUAGCACGCCUCGGAGAGCGAAGGUGGGUGAGCGCAAAAGAAAUUGUGUGCAAAUGUGAAGGCUCACCAAGAAGGGGUAGCAAAGCCAUGACACUGGGAAAACUGGAUUAUGCCACCCCAGAGCGUAAGCAAAGCUGAGAGGAGAAAGAGAGGCUCCAGAGUGCAUUGAUUUGCAAUGGCUUUGGGAGUUUCCUUUGCUUCUACUGAAACCAAGGAAACGUUGCAGCCCCAGGAUGUCCACUGCUUCAGGGAUCCUAAGAAAGUGAGAAAGAACAUUUCCUGGCAACAUCGGGCCUCCUGUGAGAUUACCAGGGGUGUGCAGGACACGCUAACGUACAGAAUGGUUCCUCCAGGUGUGGAUGGCAAGAGAAAUGCAAAUGCUAUGGAUCCAAAUGAUUUCCAGAAGUACUGCAUAGAAGGCGCCGCAGCAAUCCUGGGCUCCAUGCUGCUUGGGAUGCUAUUGUGUUGUGGCAUCUAUGUGUGGAGGAAGAGGAGACAGUGAGUUGUUGGGGGGAGAGGGGGGCUGCCAAACUUCUGUAUUAGAUGGCUGCUAUUAGCCAUGAAGCAUUUGGAGGUAGGGUAUUCUGGAGUGCCGCGUUAGUUACUGGCCAAACUCUACUGAGACUUCUGGUGUAAGAUACUUGAACUGGCCUCUCAAUACACACGCACUCUUUUCAGAAACCCCUUCUUACUGUUGCAAGUGUUAGUUAAAAGUGACCCUGCCUCAACAAGAGCAGGCCAGCGACAGACGUAGGCAGAGCAAGGUCAGGAAGAACAACAACAAGGGAUGACAUUGCCAUAGAAAGUGAGAAGCGCAACAGUGAUGUCUCCCUACCAGUGAACCUACCAGCAGCAAUCCCCCUGUUAGGCGAUGCCAUAAAUUCCAGAUGUUUGCCUCGGCCAAGGUGUCCCAGCAGCUCAGACCAUGGUCAGAGCUGGUCAGUAGCCUUCCCAGCUACUGGCCUUGCUUUGGAGAAAGAGAGGAGUCAGGCUGUCCCAGCUGCACCCCAGCACUGCCAGCGUGCGUGUUCUCAGCACAGGCAGGGGUUUUUGUCUGCGCAGGCGUCUGUAUCUCUUUGGAUACGUAUUCCAAAGAGAGGAUGGAGAGCAUCUCACUGGGCCGAGGCUGUCCCCUCAUCUGGUCAGGGGAGCCGAGUGCUGCUCUCUGCCGGGCACGCUGAGAAAGGAGCUGUGCCCAGCUUUGGUCUGUUGGGGUCAGGUCUCCUUCCGGCACGUGCAGUGCAGGCAGGUCAGGAUGGUCAGGGCUGAGAGGAGACGAGCCAUGGGCAGGCGAGCAGAGCCCAGGCCGAGGGGUGCAGGGCGCCCCGUUUUCUGCACAGAGCUCUCUGUGCCCACAACUCCCACAUGCAGCCAAGUGCCCGCACCCCACAGCAUGCUCAGCGCUGCCCCACACCCUCGCACCCGCCCAGCACCACAGCAGGGCCUCAGCAGCCUCCUGUCUCCGCAGGCGCCUCGCUGCAGCUUCGUGAGCCCGGCCCAACACCAGCAGCUACCCCUCACACCUGGACAGCCGGACCACCCCCCUCAGCAACCCUGAGAGCCAGACCCGACACCAGCAGCCAUCGCCUGUGCCUGGAGAAGCGGCCCGCCAGCCACGGAGCAUCGGGGGGGGGCGACCGGCCCCCACCAGCCCAGACACCCACCCGGUCUGCCCGCCUCCACCCCGGCCUCCGUAGCUGUCCAACUCAGCCAACCGGCUGUUGCAGGACCAGCCCAGCACCCUCCAGCCCCCGGAGGAACUCAAACCAAC